AAUGGGCAAGAGAAUCAAGAUUCUUGUGAACUGUUCCAAGUGAUCAAUGCUAAGGAUGGAACGGAGAAGUUUGGAAUUCGAAUGGAAUUCGAAAACCAUGAUAGAAACCAGUCAAAGAAUUUCAACCAGGAAAGCUCAUCUUCCACUGAUGCUCCGAUGCAGGACUUUCUUGCCCAACAAGAGGAAAUAAGGAAAAAAUAUACUGGAAAAUGUGUGAAGCUAAUCAAAGCUAAAGUACAAGUAAAUGAACACUAUUUAACCCAAAACAAAGGAGAAGAUGCUAUAAGAAGACACAGUGGACAAAAUUACAAUGGGACAUUCAUUCUUUCUCUUGGGAAUAAGUUCCUUACAUCUCAAAAAGCGAUUGACACAGAAGAGAAGCCUUAUAAGUGUUUGGAAUGUGGAAAAUGUUUUAGAACAAGCAGGCAACUUAUUUCCCAUGAAAGGAUCCACACAGGGGAGAAACGAUUUAAAUGCAUGGAGUGUGGAAAGACCUUUGCUCAAAGAGGUCAUCUUAUUUCCCAUGAAAGGAUCCACACAGGGGAGAAGCCAUAUAAAUGCAUGGAGUGUGGAAAGACCUUUGCUCAAAGAGGUAAUCUUAUUUCUCAUAAGAUGACCCACACAGGGGAGAUGCCAUUUAAAUGCAUGGAGUGUGGAAAGACCUUUGCUCAAAAACAUAAUCUUAUUUCCCAUAAGAUGACCCACACAGGGGAGAUGCCAUUUAAAUGCAUGGAGUGUGGAAAGACCUUUGCUUGGAGCAGUGCCCUUAGAAGCCACAAAAGGAUCCACACAGGAGAGAAACCAUGUAAAUGCAUAGAGUGUGGAAAGACGUUUGCUCGAAGAGAUCAUCUUAUUUCCCAUAAGAUAAUCCACACAGGGGAGAAACCAUUUAAAUGCAUGGAGUGUGGAAAGACCUUUGCUUGGAGCAGUGCCCUUAGAAGCCACAAAAGGAUCCACACAGGGGAGAAACCAUAUAAAUGCAUGGAGUGUGGAAAGAGCUUUGCUCAAACAAGUAAACUUAUUUCUCAUGAAAGGAUCCACAAAGGGGAGAAGCCAUAUAAAUGCAUGGAGUGUGGAAAGACCUUUGCUCAAAGAUUUACUCUUAUUUCCCAUAAGAUGAUCCACACAGGAGAGAAACUAUAUGAAUGCAUGGAGUGUGGAAAGACGUUUACUCAGGGCAGUAGCCUUAGAAGCCACAAAAGGAUCCACACAGGAGAGAAACCAUUUAAAUGCAUGGAGUGUGGAAAGACUUUUGCUUGGAGCAGUGCCCUUAGAGGCCACAAAAAGAUCCACUCAGGAGAGAAGCCAUAUAAAUGCAUGGAGUGUGGAAAGACCUUUGCUCAUAGCA